GUUAUAUGUUUUGUAGCACUGCUCUUUAUGCAAACAGGACAGCCAGCUUUACUCUACUUAGUACCCUGUACAGUGCUUACAACCCUUGUAAUUGCCUGGGCAAGACAUGAAGUCAAACAUCUAUGGAAUGGACAUAGGGGUGGUGUUAGACGUCCGCAGAACACCAGUGAUGAGAAGGAUGAGUCUGUUGACAGUGAUUCUGAAAACCCACCAAAUACCAUUCAACAACAAACUGAUGUUCGAUUGGAUUCAUCUAGUGAAAGCUUGUUAGUCAGCGAAGACAAGAAAGAAACACAGCCAUUGGUAAAGGAUGAUUAGAGUAUACAUCAUGUCAACAGCACUGCUUCUUUUGCUGCUUGGAUAUAAUGUAAAAGUAAAUAUUAUAAAUCUAUGAUUGAAUAUGCUUCUGAAUUUUCUGGUAUAUUUGGAUUUCAUAACUCCUACAUUGCUGUGGAUGUUGCAGUUGUACAGUCACACAAAAGCCACUGUCCAAGAGAGAAACAGAAUUAAAUUUGAUUCAUGUUUAUACUCCCUGUACAAUAGACUGAUUGUAGUUACUGAAGGGUAGAUGUGAUCCCCACCCAUGAACUGUCUGAUACAUAACAGCUUUUAUAUAGUACUUAAUUCUAGACCAAAUGCUAACUUCACAGCAUUAGGAGAGAAGUUGCACAACUACAGUUGGAAGGGACAUGGCAAGUUGUGUUACCUCUUCAUCUAGUCCUAUUACAAUCAUGUUUUUGC